UUCACAUUCUUUCCUUGUGCAAGGCCUUUGUGCGCAAACAAAAAGAAAUGGCAGCUGGUCAUCUUCGUUCAAUCAGUUUACCCUCUAGAUCUCAUCCUCUAAUUUCAGGCAUUGAGGAGCAACUGCACAAGUUGAAGACAUCGGAAUCUUCGUUGAUAGGUUACAAACUGAGUGGCCUAAAAGAUUUGUACGAUUGCAUCGACGAUUUGCUUCAAUUGCCGCUUGCUCAACAGACUCUCUCCCACGAGAAGCAAAGCCAGUGUGCGGAGGAGGCAUUAGAUGGAUCUCUCAGGCUGUUGGAUAUGUGUGCUUCCACGAGAGGUUUUUUCUCGCAGAUGAAAGAAUCUGUGCAAGAACUUGAAUUGCCUCUUCGAAGAAGAAGAGCUGGAGACACUGGCUUAACAACUGAAGUUAAUGCAUACAUGGAAUCUAGAAAAAAAUUGAAUAAAGUGAUUUACAAGAAAUUAAGAAAUUUGAAGAGACAUGAAAAAGAUUGCAGAUCAUCAGUCUCGUCUGAUAACUCCGAUUUGUCAAACAUGAUCAAUAUGCUAAAAGGUGCUGAGGAGAUCAGUCUUGCAUUGUUCGAGUCCAUCUUAUCAUUCAUUUCUGAGCCAAAGGUGAAAUCAAAGCCAUCAGGCUGGUCGUUUGUGUCGAACAUAUUGCAAGCUAAGCGUGUCUCAAGUGAAGGCAAAGUAGAAGCCAAUGAAGUAGAGAAGAUUGAUGCAGAAUUAAUCGCUCUGAAGGCUAGCAAAGACAUCAAUUCAGCACAAGUGCACAAUGUUCUGAAAGGACUAGAGGCAUUGGAAUCAAGUCUUCAAGAAACAGAGGAGGAGUUAGAGUGUGUUUACAGGCGACUGGUGAAAACCAGAGUUUUCCUUCUCAACAUUUUAAAUCACUAGUGGAGUUACUUCCAUUAACAACUCCACCACAAUUUUGUAUCAGAAAAUAUCAUUUCCAAAUUGUAUAUACACAAUAUACGAUAGACAAGUA